GCCACAGCAGUGGCUGCAACUGUCGCCGCUCGCCAUUUCUCUGCGCUCAACCGGCCACCGCCCAAGUAUCCCGGCCAUGUGCCUCUGACCAAGAUAGAGCAGGCCGGCAUGGCCAUUGGAUCCGGCAUCAUGUCGCUGUUCAACCCCUACCGCGCUGAUCUCAUAGCCACCCUGGGCGAGGCCACGGCAACCCCCUACUUCAUCUACCGCCUCCGCGACUCCAUGCUCGCACACCCCACAGGCCGUCGCAUCCUUCGCCUGCGGCCUCGCAUCAGCUCCAAGACGCUGUCCAUCCCGGCCCUGCGCGCCCUGCCCGCAAACUCCGUGGGCCGCGCCUAUGUCGAGUGGCUGGACCGCGAGGGGGUGUCUCCGGACACGCGCUCUGCUGUCAAGUACAUUGACGACGAGGAGUGCGCCUACGUGAUGCAGCGGUACCGCGAGUGCCAUGACUUUUACCACGCCCUGACGGGGCUGCCCACGGUCAGGGAGGGCGAGGUGGCGCUCAAGGCGUUUGAAUUCGCCAACACGCUGCUGCCUAUGACGGGCCUCAGCAUGCUGGCCGUGGCCACUCUGAAGCCGGCCGAGCGUCGACGCUUUUUCGGGGUGUACAUGCCAUGGGCGGUUAAGAACGGCGUAAGGAGCAAGGACAUAAUCAAUGUCUUUUGGGAGGAGGAGCUGGAGAGGGAUGUGGACGACCUGAGGAGAGAGCUGGGCAUCGAGCAGCCGCCGGACCUGAGAGCAAUUCGCAAGCGGGAAAAGGAGGAGAAGAGGCGAUUGAAGGAG